AUGAUCCAUGUCGAGAACCAUUUGCUUUGCAACCAUUUUGACCAUUUGUGUUAGUGCCUUUGUGCUCUAAAUACGUGUGCUAAAUACUCAAUACAUCUUUAAUAUUUUGCAUGUAAACCCCAUUCUAACGUUUCAAUUAGGCAUAUAUACAUAUACAUAUAAAAAAAUUUGGUAAAGGCUGUGACUCCGAAAUUUCGUAUUGAAUUGUUUUUUCUUAGUUCUCGUGUAUCUCCUUUCCUUUUCAUGCUAUCUAACUUCCAUCAUUUACCCAGCUUUUACAGCUGAUCUGAAAGAAGAGAGGAUAUUGUUAAACAAUAUUGCUCAUAUGCUGUUUACUGCGUCUGUUCAAUUAUAUUAAAGUGUCAAAACAGCCAGUGUGCUUAGUUCGUGGAAUACUUCAUAAACACAAAUAUCCUUAAAUUUUAGAAUUUUUUCAAAAUUGAUCAAGGAAAUUUAACAUAUAUAAAAGUGAACUAUAUUCAUUCCUACCGUAAAUAUCUUCCCUUACACUAUUAGUACACAAUUUGACAUCUUUCUUACUAAAGGUUACGAAAUAUAAUUGAGAAAUGAUAGACUCAGAGUUCCGAUAACAGUGGUAAAAGUAUUUAAAAAAGAAGUGAUAGUAUUAAAAAAAGUGAAUAACUGGAUUAUAUCUGAAAGGACUAGGCGGGCAUGGUAUACCUGAGGGCUGCUUGGGGUAUGGGAGAAGCUCAAACGCAGUGCCAUAGCACUAAUACUUCACCAAUUUCAUCAACUUUCCUUCACGAUCAUGACGAGGAAGUCGCUUUACAUCCACUCAAUAAUCAGGUCGGUGGUCAUACUCGAUUACUGCUUCUCAACCAAAAUACGAUUUGCAAGCCACUGAACUGCAGAGAAUUAGACUUCUACAGAAACAUUCCUCAAGAGAUACAAACAUUUGUCCCGAAAUUUAAAGGUGUAAUGCAGGCUUCCAGUAGCAGUGAAGUUAAGCUUGAUAAACGUUACAGUCCUAGUUUCAGAGAUCACGAGACUCAAUCGGGAAAAGGAUCAACUAAAAGAAAAAGAGAUGAUGUUUUAAGAAUGAAAAUUCAUCGUAAAAAUAGUUCGGCAGAUGUAUUCAAAUCAGGAACACAUCUAGAUUCAGCAGCAAAUAAACAAUCAGAUUUUUUAUUACUGGAAAAUAUAACGUCUCAGUAUUCACAUCCAUGCAUCUUAGAUUUAAAAAUGGGGACCAGACAACAUGGAGAUGAUGCAUCCGCUGAAAAGCGGAGCAAGCAAAUGGCUAAAUGUGCUGCCAGCACUUCAGCAUCUUUAGGUGUUAGACUCUGUGGAAUGCAGGUUUACCAAGCAGACACCGAUCAUUACAUAAAACGCGAUAAAUAUUGGGGAAGAGAACUAAAUGAAGAAGGUUUUAAGGAAGCUUUAAUCAGAUUUUUUCACAAUGGAUAUUGUUUGCGUACAACUGUCAUUCACAGAGUAAUAACGCGAUUAGAGCAAUUGCGUCGUGCUAUUGAAAGACAAAGCAGUUUCAGAUUUUAUUCCUGCUCGUUAUUAGUUGUCUACGAGGGUUAUCAGAUUGAAGAUUAUAUGGAGAGACGAACACCAACUCUUCGCGUUGAGGAUACAUCGAAUGAUGUGAGCUACGUUGAAGCACACGUUUCGGAUCCAUGUUACGAUGCGGAUACAAGUAACAAUUCAACGGAUUAUAAUUUGUCGUCACAUGAUGAAGUAAGUGAAGCUACAUUUCAUCGUGUUUUUGGUGAAGCGGCUGCGCGUGGAGCAAAAACAUCAUCGGGAUUUUAUCCAAUAAAUGAGGAAACUGUAUUUAUGGAUCCACCGUCGAAUUUAUUGAAUAGUGUUGUACAAACAACUGGUUGUCCUUAUGAAAAUUGGUUAAAUUAUAGUAGCAGUAGUAGCGGCGAUGAUUAUUGCUGCGGGCAGCAUUCGGUUGUUCAUUCGGAGGACACGAGCUCCGAUAUUGAUAUUGGAGCUGAAUGCUCGGUCAAACGUAAUAAACAUCGACAUCGGCAACAAUUGUACGAAGACAAAGAGUGUCACGAGGAAGAUAGCCUCGAACACACCAGCAGUAUGUCCAAGAGACUGAGAGUCAAGGACAAUGAAAAAUUGGCGGAUCUUCACAAUUCUCUUGUUGAUGUGCGAAUGAUCGAUUUUGCCCACACCACAUUUGGUCAUACGGGUUCAGCAACUAGCUCAAAUUCGAAUUUAAACUCAACUGUUCAUCAGGGUCCGGACUGCGGUUUUCUCACUGGACUCGACAGUCUCAAACGAUUACUCCUCGAAAUUGCAAAUGAAGAUUAAUCCAUUUUCUUAACCGUAAUUCACGAUUUUCUUCACCGUUGAACUUUUCAAUUAACUCGACACAUAUAGCCAAUGAUAUUUUUCUUUUAUUUUUAACUACUGACUAAUUAGUUUUUAUUUUUCCUCAUUUAUUAAUUGACGCGAAAUUUUUUUCUUUAUUUCAUUGAUACUGAGUCAAAAAUUAAUUAGUACCGACUGAAAUAAUAUACAAAUAUUUAUUAAUUGUUCGGGUAUUUUCGGGUGGGUAAUUGUUAAUUGAAACCUAAUCAAGUUUCCAUAAACAUCAGUGGCUAAAGAAAAUUGGCAUAAAUUAAUUGCAAAUAUCUAAAAGUAAAAAUUAAUCAAAGAAACACUUCUUUAAAUAGUAAUUGAGAAAAAACACUAAAUAGUAUUCGAAGAAAAAUAGUGAAUAUUCGAACUAAAAUAGUUUUUAAUCUGAAAGAAAUGCUAAAUAGUAAUCGAAGAGAAAACGUUAAGUAGCCGUGAGAAUGCGCUUAAAAAUUAUUAACGUUAAAAAACGUCAAACUGAAGAAAAACAUUAAUUAAUCAAAGAAAAAAAAUUCCAUCAAUAAAUAAACAUUGAACGGUGAAUAAGUGAUAAUUGAUUUAAGAAAUUGAUAACAUUUUUGGAAUAUAGUAAAUCAUGAUGAUUGAAAGAGAUUGUGUUUAAUAAAGAGGAAAGAAAAUGUGUAAUGAAACGAAAUUUUUGUUAGUUUUGUAGAAAGUUAUUUAGAUUUUUGUAAAAAAAAUUGUAUAUAAGCUUCGAAUUUUCAUUUAGAUAUUUAGUUAUGUUGGGGAAAAAGGACAAAAAAAUAUUUCGAAUCGAGCACAAUAUGCCAGUAAACGCAGUAGAUCUUUGCGCGUCAAUCGCCUUUUAAGUGCACUAAUCAUCUUAUAAAUUAAAAAUGAUGUGCGAUAUGUAGAUUUAUAAAAGAAAAAACACACUCCUGCCACUUAUUUAAGACGAGACUGCGACAACAAUUGAUUUUAAGAAUAACGUAGAAAAAAACAACUAAGUAUUGACCAAACGGAAAGCAUCCUUUCUUUUUAUUAUUAAAUCGAAGAUAUAUCUCAAGAUUCGAUGAAAAUAUUUUCUUGAAGGUACUGUUUCGUUAGUGAAGCACUAUUGCAAAAAAAAGGGAAAUUUUAAAUCCUGAGAAGAAUUUGCUUCAACCAAUUAGUUUUAGUAUUUUAUUGAAUGAAAAACAAUAUACCAUAUGCUUUAAUUAUUUGGCUUUAUUUAAAAAUAUAUAUAUUUCUAGCCCAGUGUCAUUUAUAACUUGAAAUAAUAAAUAAAAAACGUGAUUUCAACAUCUGUCGUAGGGUAGAAAUUUAAAUUUUUCAAUACAUGAGUUUAAAAUGAUAGAUUUUAUUCAUCAUUUUACAUGUGAAUUCUACCAAAAAUUUUUUUUUAGAAAAAAUUCUCAUUUACUUUAUAAACAUCUUUUAUUUUUGUGAUUUAUUUAAUUAUUGGUCUGUUUUCGUUUAAUUUAAGAUAUUUUUUUUUAUUCUUAAUUUUUGAUUAGAAAAUAAUUUUUUUUUUAAUUUUUCAUUAUAUUUUGAAUUUUUUAUUUUAUUAUUGAUUGUCUCUUUUAUUUUUGAAAUUUUUUAUCAUUUAUAUUCGAUGACUUAUAAAAUUAUUUGUUUAAAAAGUUAUUUGUUUAAUUUAGAUUUUGUAUUUGAAAAUAAAUUAUAUCUUUUAAUCACUCUUUUAUUGUUGAAUCAAACAUAAAAAUAAAAUUUUCUUCUAUUUUCAAUGAAGUCAAAAUAAUGUAUAUUAAAAAAAUAUAUUUUCUAUGUUAGGAUCAUUAAUAAAAGAAAAAAUCCCCUAAAAGCGAAGUUAAUUGUAAUUCAAAUUAUUCUUUUUAAAAAAGUUUCUAAACAUUUUAAGGCUAAAUUUUAAAAAUCUUUCGUAAAUACAAUAGUUUACUUCGAUUACCGAAACAAAUGCUUUCAAAGUGAUUACUGUUAUUAUUAUUAUUUUUAUUAUUAAUUUUUUUGUUUUAAUGUAGAUUAUUCAUGUUUGUUGAAUUUCUCGGAUUUUUAUUUUAAUAAAACUGAAGUAUGUAUUUAAUGCGAUAUUUCGGUUAGGGAAGAAUGAAUUUAUGAAGAUUAGCAGCGAUGUAUUUCAAAUUGAUCUAAGUCAUUAUAAGCGUUUUUAGUGUUAAUACAAUUUAAUGGAUAAUAUAGAUGAAUUCAACUUUAAAAACUCCAUGUAAAAAUGUUGCCGUGGCGUUGAUAGAAGCUGGAUAAAGAAAGGUCACAAAUUUACUCUAGUUUAGGCUCUAAUUAGGUGCAAAAAUUUGUGCCAGAUUUUGGACAUUUAUUUUUGCGUCAAAAAUUAGUGAAAGUUGUAAAUAAUAUGUAUAUUCAUGUCUAUGUAGUAUUGAUUUCAAACGCCUAAUGUUAAUUAGUUCUGCUAAAAAGACGCACGAUUCCAAAAAAAAAAAAAAAAAAUUUUUGAGCGUUAUUCACGCUUAUUAUCAAACAUAAUGCAUAUUUUUUCAUCUCGAACUUGAAUAUGUGUGAUAUGUAAACUGAUAACAAAACCGAUUCACAGUACAAUAAAAUAGGUAAUUGAAUUUAAAAGAAUAAAAAUGAAAAAAAAAAUUUUGAAAAAAUGUGAUGCGCGUCAGUGAAUGUAAAAUAUGUUAUAAGUAUUAUGUACAAAGACCAAUGUACGUACACACACUCAUAUAUAUAUAUAUACAUACAUAUAUAUAUUAUAGAUAGAAAAAUAUAUUACUUUACUUCGCAUACAUUUUAUGUAGUUGAGUGUAAAGAUUAUUGUGUAUUAUAAAGACGUAAGUCUUUUGAAAGAAGUAGAAUUGCCAAAAUUUGAAGAAAUUAUCUCGUAGAUAUUUUCCGAGGUACAAUUUUUUCUCUCAAAAAUAUCAUUUUUUUCAUAAGAUUUAAGUUAUUCAAAGUCUUGUAAAUAAAAUAAUAAAAGACUGCAGAAUUCGAAACACUUGAAAUACAUAGAUGUUCAUUUUGUCCCAUUGGUUUCUUUCAGUUUAAAUUUACGUUUGGAAUAUUUACAGAAUUGUGUUAUACAAAAAAAGUUUCGUCACGAUAGAUCAAUAAUUAAAGUGUAGAAGGUAAAAACUUUUUUGAAAAAAAUAUUGUACGAAGAAGACUGUCAAAAAUUUCAGCAAUAUGUUUUAUUUGUAUUUAAAAUGCAAGGACAAUGAAAAGAGCGAAACAUAUUUGUUAAUAUUCACGUAUCAAAUGUAUUUAAAUAUAAUAUUUCUUCUCGCAGA